AUGAACAAUGAAAAUGUGAGAAAAAUCUUUUCACUUCUUCGAACACAACUUCAAUUAAAAGAAAACGAAUUUCUUUAUUUACAACGAAAUGAUCCUGAUCUACUUCCACCCGAUGGCGAACAAAUCCAAUUCAUAAUCGAUACAAUCGCUUCUCUUCAACUUUCCACCGAAGAUGGUCUAUUCAUCUGUUCAUCAUCCAACUCUUUUCAUCAUCACCCAAUACCCUCGACACCUCUUUGCUCAAUCGAUUUCAACACAAUAAAGAAUCUUCCAAAAGAUGUUUGGCUUUCCCAGUCCUCUUCGAAAACAAAUCCAGUGAAUCAACAACGAUUAUCAUUGUCAGUCAAUUCUAAAACAUCACGUCCUCAAAUUCCAAUAAAUAAUCAUUUAUUAUUUAUGCCACUCACCGCGUUUAAACCAACAUCAGUAGAUUUGACAAUUAAUUCAAUCGAUAGUCUUUUAGAAAGUCAAUCGAUUUACUCGAAAGAAUUUUGGUUAAACAAAAAAUAA